AUGGCUCCAGCGUCUGUGCCCUUAACCACCCCGCAGAGACUCUCAGAGGAAAGAUCUGGGAGAACAUCAGAGUCUCGCUUCCAUUUCCUUCCCCCUCCCGGCUCCCAUCCUGAUGCUCCUGUCCACCCAGGCUGCUUCCUCUGCCGGCUGCGUAGCUUUGUCCUGAGACCAGCCUGGUUUGAUUUUGAUAGACCAAACCCUACAGUAACCUCAUCAGAAAGAGUGCCCUGGAGCCACAGCCCAGACAGUUCUACGUCAGGUCACUGGGAGCAGAGCUGCUGCGACGGCUUUCUGACAAUGAUUGGCAACAACACCCUGCUGCGGAAAACAGCAUGGAAACCAGCUAGUGUGCCCUGCGCGGUAUUUCCGCUUUCAGACCAAACUGCAGAUCGCAGCCAAUGUGAGCGGAAUGCUGAAGGCUCCUCUGGUACAGACUUUGAGAUCACACGAAGAGGACCUGGAUUAAAUCACAUCUCAACUGAUGCCUUUUGUAGGGACCAGGAAGUGCGCAUUGAAUCACGUGAUUGGAGAGCAGAUGAGAUGGUCUUUGUUCCGCCCCUGGCUGCACUCGAACAGAACCACUUACUGGUGAUUAAAAGGAGGGGACUUGGAGGCGGGGGCGGGGCCUACUGGCGCGGGGGCCCGGCGAUUGGGUUCACCCUCGGGGGCUGCGCUUUCUUAAGUGCCAGCCCGCGGGCGUCGGCUGACCCCAGCCGAGGACCAAGCAGCCGCCUCGGACGUCAGCGGCGCGCGGCGGAGGCUCGCAGCCCAGCCGAGUUCAGCGGCUGCGGACGGUCGCCCGAGGCCGCCCACGAGCCCCCGUUCUGGGACACGCCGCUGAACCACGGGCUGAACGUGUUCGUGGGCGCCGCCCUGUGCAUCACCAUGCUGGGCCUGGGCUGCACGGUGGACGCGAACCACUUCGGGGCGCACGUCCGCCGGCCGGUGGGCGCGCUGCUGGCCGCGCUCUGCCAGUUCGGCUUCCUGCCGCUGCUGGCCUUCCUGCUGGCGCUCGUCUUCUCCCUGGACGGGGUGGCCGCCGUGGCCGUGCUCUUGUGCGGCUGCUGUCCGGGCGGGAAUCUCUCCAACCUGAUGUCCCUGCUGGUUGAUGGCGACAUGAACCUCAGCAUCAUCAUGACCAUCUCCUCCACGCUCCUGGCCCUGGUCUUGAUGCCCCUGUGCUUGUGGAUCUACAGCCGGGCUUGGAUCAACACCCCCCUGGUGCAGCUGCUGCCCAUAGGGACAGUGACCCUGACUCUCUGCAGCACCCUCAUCCCUAUCGGGUUGGGUGUCUUCAUUCGCUAUAAAUACAACCGGGUGGCUGACUACAUCGUGAAGGUUUCCCUGUGGUCUCUGCUAAUGACGCUGGUGGUCCUUUUCAUACUGACUGGCACUAUGUUAGGACCUGAACUGCUGGCAAGUAUUUCUGCAGCUGUUUACGUGGUAGCGAUUAUAAUGCCUUUGGCAGGCUACGCCUCGGGCUACGGCUUAGCCACUCUCUUCCAUCUUCCACCCAACUGCAAGAGGACUGUGUGCCUGGAAACAGGCAGCCAGAACGUGCAGCUCUGUACUGCCGUUCUAAAACUGGCCUUUCCACCACAAUACAUAGGAAGUAUGUACAUGUUUCCCUUGCUUUAUGCCCUUUUCCAGUCUGCAGAAGCCGGGAUUUUUGUUUUAAUUUAUAAAAUAUAUGGAAGUGGAACAUUGCACAAGCAAGAUCUUCUAGAUGAAGAUGAAGAUACAGAUAUUUCUUAUAAGAAACUAAAAGAAGAGGAAAUGGCAGACACUUCCUAUGGCACAGUGAAAACAGAUAAUUUAAUUAUGAUGGAAACCACUCAGACUUCACUCUAAAUACGGAGAUACACGGGAGAUUCUGCCUUGUUGAAAUAUUACUUCAUAUUUAUGGUCUGUGGUAGUGUCUAUGGUUUACUUAAGGAACAACAAUUGGUUCACAUUAUUAUACAAUGUAACAGUUUUGAUCUGCCUACCAGUAAAGUUGCAUUGGUAUAUAAAUCCAUUUUCAUAAGUUACAAAUCAGUCAUAAUAUAACUUGCACCUGGGACUGCUGGAGUGAUGCCUGAACAAGUUAAAUGUGCUUUUUGGUUUUCACCAUGUAUUAACUCUUAGAAGACAGGGUCUUGGAAAUGUAGAAUUUUGACCCACUAUCUCGUAUGAGUAAAAACACGCUAUAUUUGUAAAGCAUAGUUUAGUUUAAUGUAAUUGUUGUAAAAAAAAAAGUGCUCUCUCAGCUUAUAAAUACUUGACACUGUUAAAAUUUGACCUGUAUUCAGAAAAAUCCUAAAACAGGUCAAUUAAAACCAUGCAAUAUAGUAUUUUAUUGUCAAACCUGUAUCAAAUCAAAAAUUACAUUAAUGUAUUUGAUUACUUGAUCUGAUACCUAUUUGUAAUGAACAGCCAACAUUUUUUCUAGUGGACAAAACAUUUUCUUUUCAACUGGGGACUGAUCUGGUCUUCUGCAUUUAUGUAAACACACUGUAAAUCAGUUUAUCUUUUGGAGGGAUGAUUUGUAGAACGACUAUUCACCACAGAGAAUUGCCAUAGUCAUUAGUCCCUCGUGGAACUCAGCAGCACCUCUUGCUCACUAUUUGAGGUGGGGGUUGGGGGAGGAAGGACGUUCUCCAAGGGAAAAAACAAUUAGCCUAGAUACGGGUGCCCUGGAGGGCUUUCCCUCUGCACUUACUGAAAGGGUUGAAUGCGUAGAUUUUACAGAGCAGCUCUGAGAUAAUUAAAUAAACUGUAAUCUGAGAUCCUA